CCACAUCCGUGUAAUUGCAUUUUUAAAAACAAAAUUACACUUUACCAAAAAUUUCCUAAAAAUUUAAAAAAGAAAUCAUCCACCAUCCAUUCCCUGCGGCUGAAUGAUCCAACGGUGGAUGAAUGAUCAGAAAACCGCAUAUGGGAAAUUUCCAUCCAUAUCUGGAAGCCGCUUUAUAAAUCUGCAAAGAACUUUCUUUUCAGAAUUGCAGAAAGAAAAUUUUUUUAGGUCGAAGCAAUGAAAGUAAUGGUUGGCACGAUGAUGGAGCUUGAAGACGAUUACAGAGCGCCGCCAUGGCUGAAUCCUCUUCUGAAAACUAGCUUUUUUAUCCCCUGUAAAUUUCACAGCGAUUCCAAUAAGAGCGAAUGUAAUAUGUACUGUUUAGACUGCACUGGUGCCGCUCUCUGUUCUUCAUGUCUUGCUCAGCACAAAGACCACCAUGUCGUCCAGAUUCGAAGAUCCUCGUACCACAACGUGAUCAGGGCGUCGGAAGUGUCGAAAUAUAUAGACAUUUCAUGCAUUCAGACAUACAUUAUCAACAGUGCAAAGAUUGUAUUUUUGAACGAGCGGCCGCAGACGAAGCAGGGGAAGGGAGUCAUUGUCACCUGCGAGAGUUGUAACCGGAGUCUCAUUGAUUCCUCCCGGUUCUGUUCCAUUGGAUGCAAGCUUGCUGGAAUGAAUCAUGACCGGGAGCUUACAUUUUCACUCGGGAAGAAAGAAUGGUGGAGAUCGCCGAAUGAUGACGGUGACGGCCGCCGGAGCAUCGCCACUACGCCGCCAACUUCGCCGCGUAUCGAAAGCUACCGGAAAUCCCCCAGGAAGGGGAUUCCUCAUCGAGCUCCAUUUUAGAAAAGAAAUGCUUGCAGUCACA